AUGGCGGCGGAACUCCCAGCCAAGCUCAAGCCCGCGGCAAGGGUUGCUGGUCAAAGACAAGAUGUCUGGUCCAUCGUCAAUGAAGCCGCAGCAGCUUCACCCAAACAGCCUAUCGUAAACAUGGGUCAAGGGUUCUUUGGGUACAAUCCGCCUCCGUUCAUUAUCAAUGCCGCCAAGUCGGCUUUGGACCGGGUGGACUGCAAUCAGUAUAGUCCGACAAAAGGAAGGCCACGGCUAAAGAAGGCUAUCGCCGAUGCCUACUCGCCUUUCUGGGGUCGACAACUCAAUCCCGAAACCGAGGUGACGAUUACAACUGGAGCGAACGAGGGUAUGCUUAGUGCGUUCAUGGCUUUUAUAGAGCCUGGUGACGAGGUCAUUAUCUUCGAGCCCUUCUUCGACCAGUACAUUAGCAACAUUGAAAUGCCUGGUGGGAAGAUCGUCUAUGUCCCGUUACACCCGCCCAGUGACGGAGCUACGCGAACUUCGUCGUCUGCCGAAUGGACCAUUGAUUUUGAUGAACUUCAGAAGGCCAUCACUCCUAAGACCAAGAUGAUUGUUCUUAAUACACCCCAUAACCCUGUUGGCAAGGUUUUCUCAAAAGAAGAACUCCAGAAAAUAGGAGAUAUAUGUGUCAAGAAUGAGAUCAUCAUCCUCUCCGAUGAAGUGUAUGAUCGCUUAUACUACGUGCCAUUCACGAGGAUUGCGACUCUUUCACCCGAGAUCGAGAGAUUAACGAUAACUGUCGGCUCUGCUGGCAAAAACUUCUAUGCUACGGGUUGGCGUGUAGGGUGGCUUAUGGGACCCGCACACCUGAUCCAAUAUGUUUCUGCGGCUCACACGCGAAUCUGCUACUCUUCAGUUUCGCCGCUACAGGAGGCCUGUGCAGUGGGCUUUGAGCAAGCUGACUCCGAAGGGUUCUGGGAUGAAACUGUCCGAGAUAUGAAAGGAAAGAUGGAGCGAUUCAACGAGGUCUGGAAGGAACUAGGACUGCAUUACACGGAUCCAGAGGGCGGAUACUUCGUUCUUGUUAACAUGAGCCGGGUCAAGUUACCGGCGGACUACCCAUUCCCGCCUCACGUAGCCAGCCGGCCCCGCGACUUCAAGCUCGCUUGGUUCCUGAUCCAGGAAGUGGGCGUGGCCGCGAUCCCGCCUACAGAGUUCUACACCGACCCCAACGCGCAUCUCGCUGAGGAUUACAUUCGAUUCGCCGUAUGUAAGGAGGACGAGGUACUGGAGACAGCGAAGGAGAGGCUGAGGGGAUUAAAGCAAUAUAUACAAGACUAA